CAUCAGCCCUGAAGUAAUCCGGCUCGCGAUUGGCUGUCGGACAUUUCGCAACCUCUUGCUCCCGCCUCUCCGGAGAAAGGACGGCGGCGGCGAGCCGAGUCGGGGCUGGUGGGGCUCGCGCCUUCCUCCCGGGCCAGAUUUAGCGUGAGAGUCUGUGGAAAGCCGUUCCAGGCAUAUCUUGAAAUUCCAGAACUUCUUUUCUCAUCCAUCACGCUGGGUCUACAGAAGAGCUUGUCCAAAUGAGCAAGACAUCACAACAGAACUCAGCUGCAGAAACCAAUGGAGUAAGUGUCAUCUAUACCCAAGCGCACACAAGUGGGUUGCAACAAGUUCCUCAGCUGGUACCUGUUAGUCCCGGAGGUGGGGGCAAAGCUACACCUCCUAGUAAGCAGGGCAAAAAGAAUUCCAUUGUUGACAGAAACAGUGAUGAAUACCGCCAGCGCAGGGAACGUAAUAACAUGGCAGUGAAAAAGAGCCGCUUGAAAAGUAAGCAGAAAGCCCAGGAUACCCUCCAGAGGGUAAACCAGCUAAAAGAAGAAAAUGAACGCUUGGAGGCCAAAAUCAAGCUCCUUACAAAGGAGCUGAGUGUACUGAAAGAUUUGUUUCUUGAGCACGCUCACAACUUCACAGACAGUGUGCAACCUCUGGGCACAGAAAACUCUGCAACACAUUCAGAUGGAUCUGGACAGUAGAUAAACUGUGAACUUUCUUUUACCACUUGGAUAAUAGAAUGGAAAUGAAUCUGCUUUAAACUUUGUAUCAUCUAUCAUUUUUGACAUCGUUUUUCAGUAGACUUAUCACUCUGUUUGAUGCCAGGAAAUUGAACGUUUAUGUUAAGUAUUUGUUUUAACUUGUUAAUGUAUUUUCUUGUUGGUUUUUUUAAUAAAUGAAAGAAAUAGGGAAACAUCCUCAAAUUACUGUCACUAAAAUUAGAACUGCAUCAUUUAUUAAGUUAUUUAAAUCUUUUCUGGGCAUGAUGAUUGGGCAAUAUUUUUUUUCAAAAUAUAAACUCUUUUAAGGUAAGAAUUUACAGACAUUCUUCUCAAUCUCCAGUUUAUCUUGCCCAGGAAGAGAUUCUGCAAGGCAAGUGUGGAUCAAAGAAAGUGUGAACAAUCCUCAGAUAUUCAUGUGCAAAUUUACCUACUUCAAAUUAUCUUUAUAAAAUGGUUGAAAGCCUUAAAUUAGUUGUUCGGUUGACAGCUUUUUUUUUCCCAGCAAGGUAACAAAUAUCCACAUACUGAUAAUCGGUUGAAGAGUUGAUUAAAUAAGCUUUAAGAUUUUCCUUUUCCACUUAUUUUUGGGAAUGCAUGACUUAUUUUGUAGUAUAGGUUGGGAUUUUCAAAUAUGUAGCCCAAGUAUUUGCUGUGUACAACUCCUGUAGUUGAGGUUUGCUCAGUAGCGGUGCCUAACAAAUGGUUUAGUUAAGGGAAAGGCAGGAAGGCUGGCUAACACACGAGGGUUGUGGUCUUCUCCAAGCCCUGCCUUGUCUGUGGUCUGAAAAUGGGUCUAUUCUAGGCGGGAACAACUUCCACCUUCACCCCUGCGGCCAAAAGGAAUUGGGCAACAGUAGUGACUGUCUACAAAUAUCUGCACUGUAUCUGCACAGGAAUUUUGUUUCUUUUUUUUGGGGGGGGGGGGCAGGAUUUCCCCAGCUACUGCUGCUGCUUUUCUAGCAAUCUCUAAGUGAGUUGCCUAGAGUGUGGAUGCAAAUUGGUGCCUUCAUGCAGGUUCAAGAUUCUCACUGGAUGGAUUCAUGCAGCGUCAAUCAAGAGUUGAACAUGAGACUGUAGCAGGGUUCCCACCAUAAAUAAGCCUAACCCUAUGGCUCUGUGCUUGGGGGUGUUUGUGGCUUGCUCCGAAAUCAAUUCAAAGCUUGCAAGGGUUGGGGACAGAUACCAUUCAAAAUAAUUGAGAGCUAGUUUGGCUUAAUGGUGAAGCACUUGGCUCAGGAGGGUGUGAAUUCCAGUCCCGCCUUAGACAGGAAAGGCAGCUUGGGUGACUUUGGGUCAGUCACUCUCAUUCCGUCCUGGCAUGAAAGUCCAGCUCAGUUAACAGGGUUGUUGUGAGGAAAAGUGGAGGAGGGAGGUGUAUUAGGUAUGCUCGCUGCUUUAUUUAUAAAAAUGAUAAAGGCAGGAUGAAAAAAAAAGGUAGUUAAGAGUCACCUAGAGUUGCUCUCGAUAGUGAGAUGGGUGGCAUAUAAAUUUAAUAAAUAAAACGAAUAAAUAAAUAAAAGCCACAACAGAAGAACUACAUCAUGCCCUUCUCCCAUCUUCAGCAAGGUUUUAAUUUUGUAACAGUCCAUGGCAGAACUGCUUUGUUUUUGAGAUUCAAGUAAGAAGAAGAUUCCUGAGCAGAAGGAACUCCUUGUUUGAGAAGGGAAAAAAACAUAUAUUAAAACCUUGUUAUUUAUUACCCAGAUUCAAAUUUAAUUCCACAGUGAACCAAAAACACACAAUCAUAUUUCCAACAGUGCAUAAAAUUACAUCUUUUGCUUUGUGGCAAUCCUGCGGCCACAAACAUGAGACUAUUUGACACUUCAAAUGCUGGUGGUUUAUAUAUAAAACAAAACGUAUUUAAUAGCAGGGAAGUUCAUGAAACAUUUUUUUUCACAAUCUCUCCAUUCACAGUAUGUUUGCAUAGGACUGGACUAGUGAAAAUUGACUUUUAUACCUCCUCUUUUUUGAAGUUAUUGUGUUUGUACAUGUAUUUAGAAAAACUCGAUUGUGGUAGAAAAUAUUAAUAAAAAGUCUUACGACAA